GUGACGUGGCCUGCUGUUCUCCGCUUCCUGAUGGGCUCAGUGGCUCCUUGUGGCGGUUACAAGGGGGAGGGCAGACGGCACCAGUGGGACUCCUGCCCAUGAUUCCCGCAGCCCCCGGAACUGGCUGGGUUGGCACAACUAACCAGGAUUCAAAUGAGAUCAUCCUUAAAAUGCUUGUUUGCAGCUGCUGGAAGGUGGGGGGGGGCUCUCUGCCUGUGCCCCCCCCGCGCGUUCCUUGAGCCCUUUCCCGAUUGGGGGGGGCAGGAUCGGACACCCCCCUUCCCCCCCAGCGUUGGGACUGCAGCACCCAUCAUCCCCUCCAACCGCGGACGGGACAAGCCCGAGGAACUGCCGGCUGCCUCCCCCGCCUUGUUUGGUCCUUUCGCCCCGCGGCGCCUUCGCCGGCCGGGCAGAACGACCUGCGAGCAGCCGGUCCGGCCCUUCGGCGGCCGCGUCUCCGCUCUCAGCCGGAUCCAGUUCCGGCCUUUGGCGCGGCCCGGCCUCAUCCGGCCUCUGACCUCCUCGGCGCCGGCUUCCCGUUACGGAGAGACGCCCAGGAGCCCCGCCGGGGGCCGCGCGCUGUCCGGCCGCCCAUCCGGCGUCGCCGCUUCCCGCCAAGGCUCCGAUCUCCGCGGGACUCGCUCCAGGAGGGCCAGAGGCGGGCAGGGCGCGCCGGGCUCGGAGGCUCCUGCGGGGGAAGCGCCUCCGCCGCCCGCCCGGGUCCCCCUUCCCGCAGGCGCGGCGGGUCCGGAUGCUGAGCCGCUCCCUGCGCCUCCUGCUGCCGGGCGAGGGCGAAGCGGCGGCGACGCUCCGAGCCGUCCGCAGCCGCAGCCCCGACGCCCAGGAGCGGCGCCCGCCGGACGCGCAGCCGGCCCCGUUGACCUCGUGGGAGGAGGCGGAGGAGGGCGCCGUCUACACCGUGAGCGCGCGGGCUCCGGAGGGGCCCCGUGGCGGCGCCGGGAGCGGGGUCGAGGGGGCGUCCGGCGUAGCGGAGUUCCCCGCCGCCCCCGCACCGUCCCGGGCGCUGAAGGCCGGCUCGCUGCCCCGCCUGGUGCGGCACCUGCUGGAGGCUCCGGCCCUCGGGGACGCGGGCUACCGGCCGGCCUUCCUGGCCACCUACCGCAGCUUCACCCAGCCCUCCACCGUCCUGGAGCUUCUGCUGGAGAGGCUCCAGGUGGUGACCCGAUCCAAUGCUUGCGGCCCCCAAAAGACGGAGGAGCUGCGGCAAGCCCUGGCCGCGCUGCUCUGCUCCUGGCUGGACGGCUACCCCCAGGACUUCGUGGGGCUGGAGCCCCACCUGCGGGAACAGCUGGUCAGCUGGCUGCACUGGGCCUGCGGGAACAGCCAGGGGCCCGAGAAGACCUUGCCGGACCCCCCAAGCAGGAGAGAGCCCCCCACCGCCCCGCACGGAGGGGACCCUGACCCCCACUACAUCUUGGGACUGCAGGCGGAAGACGUGGCUGCACACCUCACUGCGCAGGACGCGAGAGUAGCGCCCCCUGAUGGCUGUGUGCCUCCAUUGCAGGCUCCCCAGAAGCCUGACUGGCUCACCUGGCAGAGUUGGGAGGACCUCUUCCUGCGCCUGGUGCCCCACGAGUGCCUGGGCUCGGCCUGGUCUCAGCGGGACAAGAAGGGCCACCAGGGGGCCUGCCCCACCGUCCGGGCCACCGUGGCCCAGUUUAACCUCGUGGCCAACGCCGUCAUCUUCUCCUGCCUGUGGGACACGGGCCUGCGGGCCGCCCAGCGAGCGCGGCUGCUGGAGAAGUGGAUCUGCGUGGCCGAGGAGUGUCUCCUUCUGCGCAACUUCUCCUCGCUCUACGCCGUGGUCUCCGCCCUCCAGUCCACGUCUCUGCACCGGCUGAAGCGGACCUGGGAGGAGACCUCCAGGGAUUCCUCCCGUUGCUACGAGGAGCUCAGCGCCAUUUGCUCCGAGCAGGAUAACUACAGCCAAAGCCGGCAGCUCCUCUUCCAGGAAGGCGGCCCUGGAGCAGCGGUGGGAGGGGCCGAGCUGCCCCAGCGGAAGCAUCAGCGGAGGCUGCAGGAGCAGCGCCCUUUGGGCGUGAUCCCCUACCUGGGCACCUUCCUGAAGGACCUGGUGAUGCUGGAUGCAGCCACUCCCACCCGGCUGCAGAACAGCGGCUACAUCAACUUUGAGAAGCACCGCAAGGAGUUUGAGAUCCUCACCCGCCUGCGCCUCCUGCAGGCCAAAUGCCGCAACUACGCCCUGGCCCCCGACUGGACCCUCCAGGGAUGGCUGCAGUGCCUGCCCCCCCUCAGCGAGGCCCAGAGUUACCGGCUCUCCUGCACCAUUGAGGCCCCCACUGAGGGAGGGGCCCCCGCCAAGUCCAGCAAGCCCACCUUGGUGAUCACACGCUGCACAGACUUGAUCACCUCGCUGGGCGUGAGCGCCCCCCUGCCCUGGGACAGAGCGGGGUCCCCCCACGUCUCGCCCAGCCUGCUGGGCCCAUCGGCCACCUCCCCCACCGCCCUGGGGGCCCCCCAACCCAUCCAGGGCAAGUGGCCCUCUGUCUCGGCCCUGGACACCUCGGCCCCCUCCUGCUCCUCCCCCGGGGAUGGCCUGGCCCCCCUCCCUGCCACGGGGGACAUCUUCCUCAAGGGCCACCGGCGCUCGGCCUCCUGCGGAUCUGUCUACCCCAAGACCCCCGACACGGGGGGCGCCUGUCCCUCCGACUGCUGCAUUAUCCGGGUCAGCAUGGCGCUGCAGAACGGCACCCUCUACAAGAGCAUCCUGGUGACCAGCCAGGAUAAGGCGCCCACCGUGGUGGCCAAGGUGUUGGAGAAACACAACCAGGACCAGGAUCUGGCACAGGACUACGAGCUGGUGCAGGUGUUGCCGGACGGCCGAGAGCUGGUCUUCCCCCCCAUGGCCAACGUCUUCUAUGCCAGGAACGGCUUCAGCGUGGACUUCCUGCUGCGGCCCAAGGGGGCGCCCAGGAAGACGCCCCCCCCGACCCCCCCACCCAGGAGUCCCCGGGCCAGAGAGAUGGACAUCUGCGCCACCUUCCCCAAGAUCAAAGCCACCGGCCGCAGGAUCGCCCGAGCCCUUUUCUGAGCGGGGGGGCAGCUCCGGUGGGGUGGGGCUGCUUUGACAGGCCAGGACCCUGAACACAAAGUCGGGGGGGGGGGUCCCUCAGCAGCAUCCCGGGCUGUGCAAGAGUCUGGGAGUGUCCACUGUCCCCAGUGGGAGGGGUCUUCAGACUGUGGGGCGGCCGUGGGGCUGAGUAGGCCUUCCUGGAAAAAGGCCUCAGGUGACUGAAGGGGCCCUCCUGUGCCUUCAUUGCUGCUUCUUUAAGAAGAGUGUGUGUGUGUAUACCUGCAUGCCUGUUCAGCAGAGCCUGAGCUGAGAUCCAAAUAUGGAUGGGGGGGAGGGGGCUGCUAGAUCUGGGGCAUCUGGGGAUCUUCCUGGAUCUGGUGGCCUUGGAUUUGGAGUUAAGCAGAUUUUUUUUUAAGAAUGGAGUAGAGAUGGAAGGGACCUUGGAGGUCAUCUAGUCCAGCCCCGCUGCUUGAGCAGAACCGAUACUAUUCCAGAUAAGUGACUGGAUGGUUGCAGCGCUUGCUGUGAGUGGGGGGGGGUCUCCGCUGAGUAGGAGAGAACCGUGUGUGUUUGUGUGUGUGUGUGUGUGUGUGUGUGUGUGUGUGUGAUGGCAAGCAAGCCUGGACCAGACUAGAUGGCCUCUACCUCCCCUGAGCGGAAGCUGGUGAGUCUCAGCAGGAGAAGGUCCGGCUGUCAUUCUUCUCCCCAAUCUGCCACCUUCAGCCUCCAUCUUGGCGGAAAAAGAAAUUCAUCACCUGUUGAAAACAAAAAUAUAUAUCUUUUUGCAUCGGCAGGAUUAAGUCUGGAAAAAAAAUACGAAAAUUAGAAUACGUAAUAAAACUUUUGAUGUAAAUAA